GUUUAUACUCAGCUUAUGGGUGUGUUGUAAUUGGAGGCUUCGUGAGCAUGAAUUUAUUAGAUGACAUUUUAACGUUAUAAGUUCGAUUUCACCGACGAUUUUGAUUUGUAUGACAUAAGAAAACGUGAGAAAUUGACACAAAGGAUCAUGACAACACAUAGAAAACUAAAAUACAGUGUGUCUGAUGCUAGUCGUCGAAUGUAUAGAGAUGAAACCAACGGGAUUUAUCGAAAACUGGACAAUCCCUCUCCCACAGAAAACCAACUAAGGCAACAGAAAUUCGAGGCAAGACAGCGUCCACUUAGUCACAUUUUGGCUUCUAGUUCCUUCAGAGAAGACUAUAACAGGGAACAAAUAACCAGAGGACAGAGUUUAAGCAAUUUGAAGAAGGCCCGGUUGAGAAAUUCAUUGAAUUUACCCCAUAGUUUUUCUUUGGAUUUAGGAUACGAUGUGGAUGCAAAUGCAAAUUUAGACGACUUUUCAGCUCGAUCAGGGAAUUUGAGAGAAAUAACAGUCUCGGGGGAUUCUGCUUUUAGUUUUGUUCCAGAGAGGGAUAUAAUAUCUUUGGGAGACAUUUCGUCCUCUCAUGCUAGAAACUGUCGAGCCUCCAAUAAGUCUCCAAGUGUUGCAAGCUUUGGCAGUAAGAGAUCUGACCUUAAAUCUGAGAAAAUCCGAAAAUCAUCUACAUCGACAUCAUCGUCAUCCUCGUCCACAUCGCGAGGCCAUUCAUCUAGGUCACGAUCGUCCUCGCCAAAGCCCAAGUACAAAACAAAGGACAUUGAACAUGUACUUGAUAAUGCGACUGAUAGUGAAGACGAUGAAUCAUCCAAAAUCCAAAAAGUGCUACACAAAAGGCCUUCUUUUAAGGAAAUAUUUCCAGAACCUGUAAAUCAAGAAUUCAUGGACAAAUCUGUAGAAAGAAAAUCACUUGGUAGAUUGUCCUUCUCGGAAAAAGAUACCAAUAGAAUUUUCGAUUCGGAAGAAGGUAUCCAGACUAAUGUAAAAAAUGGUUCUAGUUCUUUAAGAAGAACUAAGCUUAACACAUCCCUUUCAACAGAUUCAGGGGAAUCAGACUCUCCAAAAGCUGCACAUAAGGUAUUCGACUCCACAGACCAUUUCCAGCGUAGCUUCCUAUUUCCUGGAACUGUAAACAAACCAGAAACGACCCCCUCAGAUUCAGAGUCUUCGUGCAAAGAAGGCAGUUAUAUUUUGGACUCUGAGUUUAACCCGUCAGAGAAGUCGUGUGUCUCAGUCAUCUCACCUCAUUCUUUAGCAGUAUCCGCUGAUUUACCUUCUUUGGACAACACUGAAAAUGAGAAUGGUUAUCUCUCGGAUAUUCAAAUGCUCAAACAAAAAGCUUUGAAAGGAAACCUCAAUCUGGACAGGACUGUGUCCCUAGGGGACACCCCUCCCCCACUCCCACAAAGUAGCCCACCAGAUGUCAUAGAAAAAAUAAGUCUCGACAGCUAUGCAGGGAACGAUUUUGGACCCUCUGAAGUAAAACAAAUGACUUCUGAAAGUUUUGUGAGCGCUGGUAAAAGCCCCGGGUAUCUAAGGACGUCAGUUGCUUACUAUGGUCCUAUAUACGCCAGCAAUAAUACCCUCAUCUUACCCACAAAGUCAGCUCAACCGCCUCUCGGUCAAUGUGGGAAGCAAGACUAUCUUUCUGAUGAUGAUACCACUAGCAAUUCAUCGGGUUCUUCUACCUCAUCAAACCAUAAAAGCAAUGUUCAGAAUGCUGAGAAAGAAAAUGUAAAUGUGUCUGAAAAAGUUAUAUUUGAGAAGGCAGGUUUAACGGAAAACACCCGAAACCGAGGUACUGGAAGUGAAUCACAAAAUGAUUAUACUAAGAGAAAUUCAUUGGGUUCUUCGUCAUCAAACGAAGAACACUAUGUUGUACAUGAGGAUCAAAUUACCGAAAAAGAUGACAAUACAAUAUAUGAAAAGGCAGGUUUAACCGAAGUCACUCAAAAGCAAGGAACUGCAAGUGGACCUCAAUAUAGCUGUACACAGGCUUGUUCAGAGCAGGAAAGUCCACGCAGCAUCAAUAGAGAAAUUCAUCAGGUGCUGGAAACCUUAGAUAACGCCAUAUUGGGUGUUUCCGCAGAUACCACGGAGCAAGAAACUGUAAAACACCGCGGCCAUCAUGUGGUGGUAGCCAUCGACUUUGGCACCACGUACAGUGGGUAUGCCUACAGUUUUACUAGAGACCCUUCCCAUGUCCACUUAAUGAGGAAGUGGGAGGGCGGGGACCCAGGAGUCAUCAAUGAGAAGACCCCCACCAGCAUCCUCCUGACUCCGGAGGGUCAGUUCCACUCCUUUGGCUACAGCGCUAGGGAUAACUACCAUGACCUUGGCAAAGAGGAGGCAAAAACAUGGAUGUAUUUUGAAAAGUUUAAGAUGAUCCUCCAUAACACGCCGGAAUUAAGCAAGGAUACAUUACUGAAAGCCUCUAAUGGAAGACUUUUCCCGGCGAUGAAUGUAUUUUCCUUGGCUCUGAAGUUCUUCAGGGACCACGCCCUACAAGAACUGAGUGACCAAUCAGGAAUGAAGAUUCUCAAUGAAGACGUACGAUGGGUCAUCAGUGUACCGGCAAUAUGGAGAGCUUCGGCUAAACAGUUUAUCAGGCAGGCUGCUUACGAGGGUGGUUUGGUUUCCUCCCAAUGUCCGGAGCAGCUGAUCAUUGCCUUAGAACCGGAAGCUGCUUCUAUCUACUGCAGAAAGUUAAAAAUGUACCAGCUUGUUCCGGAAAUGAAUGAAGAGCGCCCUCUUCAGUCACCAAAGUUUGCCUCUGUUGAGCCAAUGAAUAUAAAUCCUGCCUGUGAGGAUUUGAAAGAAGGCAGUCGUUACAUGGUUGUAGAUUGUGGAGGGGGAACUGUCGAUAUAACUGUACACCAAGUUGAUAAAGGAGAGAAGCUGACAGAGCUAUACAGAGCCUCAGGGGGCCCUUAUGGGUCAGUAGGUAUCGAUUUGGAAUUUGAGAAGGUUCUUGAUAUGAUAUUUGGUAAGAACUUGAUGGAAAAUUACCGACAGAAGUGUCCCGCCGGAUGGGUGGAUUUGAUGAUUGCUUUUGAGUCCAGAAAACGCUCAGCCAGCCCACACAAGUCAUCUCCCCUUAAUGUGGCCCUUCCGUUUUCGUUUAUCGAUUACUGUAGGAAGCACAAGCUUAUCAGUAUGGAGCACAUCGUUAAAAGGUAUGGUGAUAAAGAUAUCCAAUGGUCACGUCUGGGCAUGCUCCGUCUGACACCGGAAGCGAUGAAGAGGCUAUUCCUUCCAACAAUAAACAAAAUCAAACAGGCUGUUGGGGAUGUACUUAACGCUAGAGGAGCUAGGGAUCUAAAUUAUAUGUUCCUCGUUGGAGGCUUUGCUGAGUCAGCAGUUCUACAAGAUGAAAUCAGGAAAGAAUUUGGUUCGCUGUUAAAAGUGAUCAUUCCACAGGGAGUGGGGCUUACGAUACUCAAAGGUUCUGUGUUGUUUGGACUAGACCCUACUGUCGUCCACAUAAGGAAAUCACGUGUGACGUACGGACUGGGUGUUCUAAACACCUUCAGACCUGACCUACAUCCGGUGGAAAAGAAAAUGGUCAAAGAAGACACAGAAUGGUGUAUGGAUGUUUUUGAUAAAUUUGUUCUUGAAGACCAGCCCAUGGCCUUAGGCGAUGUUAUAUUAAGGAGCUACAAACCAGCCUGUCGAAAUCAGAAGCAAAUACAGAUUAAUAUAUACUCUGCAGAAAAUCCAGACACACAUUUUAUCACGGAGAAGGGAGUAAAGAAAUGCGGCAUUCUUUCUUUGGAUUUGGAGGAAGAUUCUGUGUGCGAGUUAUCUAGGAGGGAAAUUCAAACCAGGAUGGUGUUUGGAGAAACAGAGAUCCGAGUUAGCGCCCUUGAUGUGUGUACUGGUCACCGUGUCCAGGCGGUUGUCGACUUUCUAAGUUACUGAUUUAUCAUCCCUCAAACAAUCACAAACGGAACUUCAUACACAUUCAAACUGACAGGACUUAUUAUUGAUGGAAAUAUAGUCAUUGUGUUCCUUGAGAUGCGCAUAAAGGCGAACAUUACCAAUAUCAUGCUCUAUAGCAUUUCUACCUCAUAACAUUUUUUGACUGCUUAAUAUGCUACAUUAAAGCAAAGGUUCGACGAUGGUGAGCAGAUUGUUUAAGUCUGACCCUCUACAGAAUAAAGAUGACAGUCAAAUACGAGUAUACAGGAAUAUGUCGUGUUUUAACCAAUUGUAUUUUGUAAAUCUUUCUUAAGCUACUCUUGAUAAAUAAACUUGUCAAUAUCUUUU